AUGGAUCGUUCUCUUGUUCAUAAAAUGUUUCUUAUCGAGUCAGACUCUGAUGAAGAGUUGGAGAAAAUAGCAAAACUUGCUAUGGAAGAAGAAAUAUCAUCAAAUGGUCGUUCUAAACAACAUCGCAAGUUCAUCUGGCGUGAUCGAUUGCAAGCCCAUAAAGAUAUUUUAAGCGACUAUUUUGCUAAAGAACCAUUAUAUCCUCACAAAUAUUUUUGGAGGAGGUUCCGAAUGAGUCAUCCUCUUUUUCAACGUAUUCAAUGUGCGGUGGAAAGUCACGAUACUUAUUUUGUCCAAAAUAGAGAUGGUUCUAGAAGACUCGGUUGUUCUUCCCUUCAGAAGAUUACCACUGCAAUUAGGAUGCUUGCAUAUGGUGUUACGACUGAUUUUGUGGAUCAAUACUUGAAGAUUGGAGAAACCACCAUAAUAGAGAGUCUAAAAAGGUUUGUCAAAGCAGUGAUAUCAGUUCUUUUCUGA